AUGGCCAAGAUGGAUCUUAAUCUCUACCUCUUGACCGCCAAUUGUGCUCGCACCCUAAUCGAUGUCGACCUCUUUGCUGAGCAUUUCUUCGAUGUCCUCCCCGCUUCGGGUGCCCAGAGCUUCCCGGCACCGGAGCUCAUCGUGCUUUCUCUGCAGGAAAUAGCUCCCAUCGCCUACUCUUUCUUGGGCGGUUCGUACUUGGCUCCUUACUUUGAAGCAUUCGUCAAGGCUGUCAAGAAAGCUACUACUAAGCAAUGGGAUGAAUCUUACGUGAAUCUGGUCAAGGACCAUACAGGCAUGACCGGGUUGAUGGUGUUUGCGCGCGCUGAUAUCUUCUACAAAGUACCGUGGAUCGACAUGGCCCACGUUGGCUUUGGUGUCCAGGAAAUGGGCAACAAGGGUGCUGUUGGAGCGCGUAUGAGCUACAUUGUCGAUGAUGACUCCUCCAAAACAGUCGAUUUGACUUUUGUCGCGGCGCACCUGGCGCCUAUGGAAGAUGCCCUGAAGCAGAGGAAUAUGGAUUGGCAAAGCAUCGUUGAACGCCUUGUUUUCUCUCAUUCGAAGGACAGCGAGGAAGACUCAAACAACGACGAACACGCAGCUCUCUUGAAUCAUCGCAGAUCAACUUCCCACUCAGAAGACAGUCGCCGGGACCUCUUUGCUCCAAACUCCUACGUCUUUCUCGCGGGAGACUUAAACUACCGCACCUCUAAUGUUAGCCCCUUGAAGGGCGAUGUUGUCCGUUUUCCAAGGUGCAACGUCGGCCGCGAUGACCCUGCGCACUAUUCGCACCUUUUAAAGGAAGACCAACUCGUACGCGAGAUGCGCAACGGUCGAACUUUCCAUGGCCUAACUGAAGCGCCGAUCGACUUCCCCCCAACAUACAAAUACUCCGACGCGGCGCGCCAAGCAGCAAAGCUAGGUAUCGAUACCGAUUCGGAAUGGAAAUGGUCCAACCACCGCUGGCCCAGCUGGUGUGAUCGGAUCCUCUUCCUCGACAGCCCAUCCUGGGUCGGUGAAGGCGGGCACGUCAAGCCCCAAGCAUACAAUGCACUGCCUCUAUUGCCGCAGUCAGAUCAUCGCGCCGUCGCACUGGCGGCAACGGUCCCUCUUACUCACUCGGCUGAGCCAUCGCCUGAUCACAUGAACGCACCCUCCAAAGCGGUGGCGCCGUUUGCAAUUGAUCCCAGCUGGAAGAGUCGGCGGGAUGUUGCGCGACGGAAGGAGUUGGUGGUGGGUAUACUAGCCUAUCUGGGACUGACCUGGGAAGGGAAUGGGCUGCUCCUUGCAUCGACGCUGGGCCUUCUGGGUGCAUGGGUUGUGCUUCGGUCUCUUUAA